AUGGUUGACACGGCAAUUAAAGAGCUGGUGCGGAUGAUUCGGGAAGCUCAAGCUCACGAUGGAUAUCUCAGUAUCCAUUUUAUGGUCGUCGAGCUUGGACAGCGAUUCACCAACCUGCGUGAUUUCCACGAACUCUACAAUGCAGGCCAUCUCAUUGAGGCAGCCCUAGCUCACAAUUACCUCUACAAGAACGAUGACCUCCUCGACCCGAUGCUAAAGUACGUCGAGCUUUUAUGCAAAAGAUUUGGGCGCAAAAAGGGUCAGAUCCCCGGCUACCCAGGCCAUCCCGAGAUCGAGCUGGCACUUCUUCGAUUGUACCAUCGUACACGAAAUCCCAAACACCUCGAGCUCGCAACAUUCUUCAUCACUGAGAGAGGUAAUCCAGCUGGCAUCGGUGGCAGUCACUUCUACCGUUACGAGGCGAAGAAAAGGGGCGAAGCGCCACAUGUGAUACUGCCAUAUUGGGGCCAGCCCGAUGCUCUUUGGUAUUAUCAAGCCCACAAGCCGAUUGUGGAGCAAGAGACUAUCGAAGGCCAUUCUGUCCGCGCCAUGUACCUCCUUACAGCAGCUGCCGACUUAGUGCGCCUUGACCCAACCUCAGACGGGCGCUUGAAAGAUGCUAUAUACCGGCUGUGGGCCAACAUGGUGGAGUGUAAAAUGUAUGUGACGGGAGGAAUCGGCGCCAUAAAGCAAUGGCAGGGCUUUGGACUUGAUUAUUUUCUCCCUCAGGGUACCGACGAAGGAGGCUGCUACUCAGACACCUGCGCCGCCAUUGGUGUCAUGAUGCUUGCUGAGCGAAUCUUACAGUUUGAUGUCGACCGCCGAUUCAGCGAUGUUAUGGAGUUAUCGCUAUACAACGCCGUGUUGACGGCCAUGUCGCAUGACGGUACUAGGUUUUCGAACGCUAACCAGCUCGCGUCCAGCGACCAAGACCCUUCAAAGCGUGCAGAAUGGUUUCCGUGCGCAUGUUGCCCUCUGAACGUUCUUCGAUUGCUUGGACAAAUUGGUGGCUACGUGUACACGCAAACAGCAGAGAAACCACAUCGAAUCAACGUCCAUUUAUAUAUCUCAAGCACCUACGAGUUUAGAUCUGGCGCCCAGCUUGCAACUUUAUGUCAAAGGAGCCAAUGGCCCUGGGAUGGGAAGGUUGAUUUCACUCUUCAGACGCAGUCCCCGCUGGUUACUGUCGAUGUAGCUCUUCGAAUACCGGGGUGGGCCACGGAAUGGAAAUUAGAUCCUGCGCCGCCAACGUAUGCGGUCGAGAAAGGCUAUAUCAUUCUACCGGCUGAUUGGUUGUCCACUUACCGCUCUUUUUCUCUCAAUGUCGAUAUCUCGCCUCGCCUUGUCGCUCCGCAUCCAUAUACGAACCAAGACACCCUGGCAGUGGUUCGUGGGCCAGUCGUGUAUUGUGUCGAGGAUGUCGACAACCCUUGGGUGGACGACCACUUCAAAAGCACUCUGCUCCAUCCUUCAUGUUCAUUUGUGGAGAAAACAGUCACCGACGCUACUACACGAGACACGUACGUGGCACUCACCACAGAUGGAGUGAGCAAGCUCGACGUGAAGCACAUUCAUGCCUGUCCCGGUGUUGAGGUGAGAGAGCCAGAAACGCAAAUACUCGACAAGGGUGUCAUCACUGAGUUGAAUUUUGUACCGUACUACUUCAAAGCUAAUCGAGGUGGCCGCGGCCAUGCAAGAGUUGGGUUGAGAAGAUGGUAUUAG